AUGUCCGACAACAACGCCCAUCCUGGUGUUCGAAGCCUGCUGGCCAAGUUUGAGAACAGCCAGAGCCCAAUCACAUCCCCCCCGUCGCGUGGACGGUCUCCCGUGGGCUCAGAUACCCCGGGAUCGACUAGGCCGCUUUCCAAAGUCCGUGCCAGCUUUGUGACAGUAGAGGGAGCGAUCCAGUCGAAUCCUGGCUCGCCAUUGAGGAAAACCAGUGGACGAAGCGAUAGCCCGGGGAUAUUUGGCCCUAGAAUCAACACGGAAGAGGUCGAAUCGCGCCGUCAACACAAUGUGGUUUCUCCGACUCCUGGCAGUGGCCCCAGUAGUGCCCAGCCAGGCCUACUGGAUUCAGUCGUGGAUGAAGCUCGCCGAGAAACAAAAGCAGAAGUAGCAAAUAAGGACUCAGAUGCUGCUAAACGCGAAUCCGUGGCAUCCAAUGAACUUGCAUCUCCGGCGCAAGAGACGUUGUCUGGACAAAAGACAGAGUCAAUUCCUAGUCCCCAAACUGCCAUCAGGCCCGAAAGCCACGCCGAAAAAUCUGGCGCGCAAACAGCCACCAAGCGGCCUUCAAAUACCCAUGCGGCCAAAGCUAGCGUCCCCGACAAAGCUACUUCACCCGCAGGAACCUCCGGAUCCUCGACCACGACAAAGUCUACCGCCGCCGCCACCAACACAAACAACAAAGCCACAUCAGCCCGGGAAGUGGCUAAAGAGCGUGCGGCCAACCUCGCUCAUAGACCAAGCCGUCCAUCAUUGAACCCCCAAGCAAAGUCUACUUCUCGAACAGUCCGGAGCUCGACACCGGCCCAAGAGAGCUCGAAAACAUCUCCUCCCAAUAGUGCCGGCACUAAGCCUCGAACGAAGUCACCUACAAAACCGGUUCGCCUGCCGGCUUCGUUGACUGCCUCUACUCGGGCAUCUAGUGCCAGGUUGGGAAACUCAGUUGCUUCGACUGCGCCAACGAGCAAAUCCACCUCGACUCUUACGAGGAAACCUUCAUCUCUGAAAAGCGCGGUGAACCCUGUUUCAGGCGUGCGUAGACAGUCAUCUCGCCCUUCUCUUCCGGCCCAGCAAGCUCCAGAGCGUCCCAGUUCCCGUAUCAGUGACACUGGCUCCAAACCAGUGAACGAAGGUUUCCUUGCCAGAAUGAUGCGCCCCACUGCCAGUUCUGCCAGCAAGACACAUGACCGACCUGAAACAAAGACCUCAAAGACUACUACGGCACCGAAGGUUUCUAGACCAUCAGUCGCAAGAGCGACAGAACGGAGUGCGGCUCCGCCGAAAGCCAGAUCAGCGGCUCUGCGCCCCCAGAGCCAAAAAACCCAGACUUCCUCUGCAGAGUUACAACCCAAGGCGGCGGAAGUGAAGCCGAUUGAGACGUUAGAGGACGAGAAGGAGAAUAUUGAGGUCAUCCCUGCGGUCACAGAAGAGUCAAAGGUUGCGGCGACAAAUGAAAUCAUCGUUGAAAAGCCCGAAGCAGAAGACGUGAUCGAGGCCUCCAGCGAAGAUGCGGCCAAGAAGCCAGCCGACCCUGUUUCUUUGAAGGAAGCUACGUCUGAGACUACCGAAGAACCAGCUGUUGAGCUCUCCGAGGAGGUUUCGGAGCAGCCCGUCGAAGAGGUUCCGGUGGAACCCGCGACUGAUGUUUCCGAGACUCAUGUCCUGUCAAAUGGGGCCGAUUCUAUCCCCGGGGCCCCUAUUGAAACUAAGAAACAGUCAAUAAAUCCAGAAGCCAAGGAAGCCAAUGAUGUCCCGGCGGAGCCCACUCAAGAGGCCAGCAACAUGAAGGAUUCGGCGGCGCCGCAUGAUCAAGUGCCACAGGAAGAAAUCAACAAGGCACCUGCAGCCACUGCAGAGCCUGUUGUUGUUGCAGAGCCUGCUGUUGUUGCGGAGCCCGCUGUUGCUGCAGAGCCCAUUGUCGAGGAGACUGUUCUUGAUGAGCAAGAGGAGCCUUCCAAGCCUGAGGAGUCUGGGGUUAGCGAGAUCCCAGAGUCCCUUGAACCCGCCUCUGUCUCUGAUGACUUUGUUGAGGCCGCGAAAACUACCACCGCCGAAUCUUCAGAGAAGCCCGAGGAAGACACUCCCGCCGAAAAGUCUGCCUCGACCGCCCAGUCCGUGGCAGAGACCAAGUCAGAUAUGGCUGACAUCGACUUGGUAAAUUUGGCAUUGAACUAG